GUUUCCAUUUUUUGGGGUUUCUAUAUAGUCUUCUUCUAUACACCAACUCUCAUUCUCUCUGCAUCUAAAUCUCGGAGCGAUGGAGUUUUUAGAUGAAGAGAGUAGACCUUCCAGAUUUAUGUUUCAAUCCAAGGCAUCAACAGAAACAGAACCUGAAAACUUUAAAGUAAACAAAACCCUUGCAGUUUCAUGCAUCAUCAUCUCUGUAAUUCUUAUUAUUACAUCAAUCUUUGUUUUUGAAUCUGAAACCCUAAAAUUCAUUGUAUUUUGGUUUUCUCUUUCUCUAAUUGUUGGUCCAUUUGCUCCUAAUUCAAUCACUGCUGGUGAUAUUCGUGUUGGUCAAGGUCAAAUCCUCGAACCACUAAAUGAAGAGGAUGAGGCGGAUCAAACCGGGGAUAAGAGAAGAGGAUUUAAUCGGAAACAACACCAAACAGUUAAGAAAAAUGACGAUCUCAGGGAUGUUAAUGCCAAGAGUUCUGAGAAAUUGAAGAUGAAUACGAAUAAUACUACUGAUGUGGUUUAUGAAGAGAAAGAAUGGGUGGAAGAGGAUUUUGAGAUGUUGAAGAAACAGAUUUUGAAACAUCCAGUUGGAGAACCAAAACGAUGGGAAUUGAUUACUGAAGCUUUUCAAGGUAGGCAUGGAUUAGAAAGUGUGAUUAAAAUGGGGAAAUCAUUAUCAGAAAGGAAAGUAGGUAAUGGGGAUUCAUUUUCUCAGUUUUUGAAACAGAGAAAACCAUUAGAUAAGAGAUUGGUGGAAGAAUCAAAUGGGGAUUUCGAAUUGAUUAAUGAUGACAAGAAAGAAAAUUCAAAUUGGACUUCUGCUGAAGAUGUUGCUCUUCUUAAUGCUUUAAAAGCAUUUCCAAAGGAUGUUGCAACGAGAUGGGAGAAAAUUGCAGUUGCUGUUCCAGGUGGCUUGUAGAUUACAUGAUGGAGCUUGGGUUCUUCAAAUCACUUUCCGAGUGGGUUGGCAAUAACCUUAUGAAAUCUGGGGACCAUGAAACAUGGGCUUUUGAUCUCCAAGGUUCCGAGUGGGUUGGCAAUAACCUUAUGAAAUCUGGGGACCAUGAAACAUGGGCUUUUGAUCUCCAAGGUGCUGUUGAUAUGUUCAAUUCAUACAGGUUUCAGUUGGUGAUAUUGUGGUGACUCCAAUUUGAAUCAAUCAAUUUAUUCCAAUUUGUUCUUUUGAAGCUACUUCAGGUCAGAGUAGAAAAAUAUAAUUUUUAUGGAAUCAAUGAAUUUUGAAUCUAGGAAAAUCAACACUUGUGGUGGUGUUGAUGGUGGAGGUGCAGGUUUUGGAGGAGGAUGAGGAGGCAGUGGUGGUACUGGAUCAGAUUUGGAAGAUAAUUUGUAUUUGGAGUUAGUGGUGGUGUUUUGGUAUGAAGCUGAGAGGUUUGGUAUGGAUGUUAGAGCUGUGUUAGACAUUGUUUCAGAUAACUUCAUAAAAGCUAAUUGCUUAAACGUGGUAAUGAUCUCGCUGGAACUGGA